AUGGAAUUUGGGGGCACUCCGACUGGAAAUGCGACAUCUCCACGCGUAAACAAGAAGACCAUGAGAGCGUAUAUAGGUCACACUGUCGCUCUUGUUGGUGCUGUGCAAAGCCACUUGCCCACCGCCGUCGUUCUGCGCACUUCUGACGGAGAUAUCGUCAACGUUACACCGCAGCCGGGAAGUGAUUAUGGCAGUAAAUUUGUCGAGGUGAUUGGACGAGUCGUUGAUACGGAAACCAUUCAGGAGUUUAAGACGACGCUCUUUGGUGACAACUUUGACCUGGACGUGUACGAUCAGUUUGUGCAGCUGUCCCAGAGCAAAUAUAAGCAUUUGUUUACGUAA